AAAAAAGAGAAAAAAGAUGAAGAGAGUAUAGCAGGUGGUCUGGUGGCGUCGCCGUCUCUUCCAACUCUAGCAGUGGCACCCGUCCAAAUCAAAUACACCAUUAGAUUGCAACUGAGCAGCGACGAGUCGUAUUAAUAAAUGACUGAAAGGAUCACCCGAGAAAAGAAAAGAAAAGAAAAGAAAAGAAAGUAAGAGGGGAGAGAAAAGAAGGGAGAAAAGGGGAACUAAAAAAUGGCAACUGAGCAGGAAGCGAGAUUGCUUUGUGAGCAGCCUUUUUUGUUACGCCCAAAGAAUUGGUGGUGGUGGCCCCUGCUCUUUUCUCGUACUUCUAUAUAUCUGCAUUAGUGCAUUUGCGUGUGUUAUAUUUUUAUACAAGUGCUGCUGGAGAAAGCAGAAAAGAAAGGUGUUCUCGAGAUCCAGCAUCGGAAAACUGAGAUUUUCCGGGAAAAAUCGUGGUGGGAUUUCUUGAUUCUCGAGAAAAAUCUCUUGUCGGGAGUUCUCCCGAGGUGGGUGCUAUCUCCCCGUACCCAUUUCUUCGAAUUUCAGCCUUGCUCGCGGCUUCCAGCCUUUCUUCUUUCUUUCUCCGCUUCGAUUUGCUUCUUUUCCGAGCUGAAAUGCUGAUGUGAUUUCGGAGAUUGCACUCGUUUUUUCUUCAGUUUCUUCCGGCUCAGUUCUUCCCUGUUUUCCAAGGAAUCGAAGCCUGCUUAAUGCAAAAACAGAAUUCAAUAGAGAAAUCAACUCUCGUCUCCUCCGGAAAUCUCAAACCCAAAAAACGAACUCCUUGAUUCUUCUGGCUGUAAUUUUCUCUAUCUCCUUCUCUACUUUUCCAAGGAAUUACAGCGUAACGGGUGUAGGCUAGAGUUUAAUAGAUAAAUAAACUCUCCUCCCCUCCGGAGUCCCAACCCCGGUAGCUCCUCAAGUUUUUCUCGAAGCGGAUAAAAAGCCUCUGCUUCUUCUACCGCUUGUUGGAGCUCGUCGCCACUCUCCUCUGCGAUCCCAGCGCCCCCUGUUUCUCCAGGUUUAAAUCUCAGCCCUCCGAUCCGACGUCACUGGAAGCGUGCAGUUCUUGUCCAACGAACCUCCUCAAUUUUCGCUUCCGGCGCAUCCACACAGUCGAAAUGCCAAAAUUCGUAAACCCUUUCCUCGUUCGACACUUAUUUUUUCUCUCAGUGGCGCUUAAUGUGAGCCUGAUUCUGAAAGCAAUGCACGAGUGGCAGAGCAGGAGGGAAGUACAGGGAAGCUUUCCGGGAAAGCUGGCGGAGACGGCGGUGCAGGAAGGCGGCUCGGCGCCGUGGCCAGCCAAAUCUACCGCAAUCACCGAGUCGGACGACGGUGGAGGGAGGGUCAUCAACCUCGACCACGGUGACCCGACAAUGUACGAGAGGUAUUGGCAACAGAUGGGGGACAGAACAACAAUACAGAUCUCGGGGUGGCAAUCCAUGAGCUACUUCUCCGAUAUCGGAAACCUGUGCUGGUUUCUGGAGCCUGAGUUUGCGCGGGCUGUCGUCAGACUCCACAGGGUCGUCGGCAACGCCGCCACCGACGGCCGCCACAUCGUUGUUGGGACUGGCUCCACGCAGCUCUUCAUGGCGGCUCUCUACGCCCUUUCCCCGCCCAAUGCCUCCCACCCCAUCAACGUCGUCUCAGCCGCCCCCUACUACUCGUCAUACCCCUUGAUUACGGACUUUCUAAGGUCUGGGCUAUACAAAUGGGGUGGAGAUGCGAACAGAUAUGAGGAGAAAGGGCCAUACAUAGAACUGGUGACUUCUCCAAACAACCCUGAUGGGUUUGUGAGGGAAGCGGUGGUGAACCGGGGCGGCGGAAUGUUGGUCCAUGACCUUGCUUACUUUUGGCCCCAAUACACUCCCAUCUCCUAUACUGCAGACCAUGACCUUAUGCUCUUCACCGUCUCGAAAUGCACCGGCCACGCGGGUAUGCGCAUUGGGUGGGCUCUUGUGAAGGAUCGGGAGGUUGCGAAGAAAAUGACCAAAUUCAUAGAGCUUAGCACCAUUGGCGUUUCCAAAGAUUCCCAACUUCGGGCAGCAAAGAUCUUGCAAGCCAUGACAGACAGCUGCAAAGUCAAUAGCCCCAAAGAAGGCGAAAGCUUCUUUGAGUUUGGCUUCCACCUCAUGACUGAGAGGUGGAAGAAGCUACGAGCAGCAGUGAGGCAAAGUGGGCAAUUUAGCUUGCCAGAGUUUCCCCCAGAGUUGUGCACCUUUAGCGGCCGAUUCUUCGAGACGCAGCCUGCAUUUGCAUGGUUGAAAUGCGAAGGAGAGGAAGGAGAGGACUGUGAGGGUUUCCUACGAAGCCACCGCAUAUUGACACGGGGCGGGAGGCAUUUUGGGGUAAGCCCAAAGUAUGUGAGGAUCAGCAUGUUGGAUCGAGACGAAACUUUUGAACGUUUUGUUCAGAGACUAUCGAUGAUCUCUUAACAUUCAUGCAUGCAUUAAUAGUCUCAUUCAUUCAUUUUAGGGUGGGUUUGAGCGUUUCCCUCCAUUAAGAGGGAUUGCUGCUAGGAAGCUGGGCUGGGGAGGGUGACGAUGAUGACUAAGAAAAUUACAUGUUUAUCUUUUGACAAGAAAAUUAUGAGGAAGAGCGAUGGUUUUAACUUUACUUAAAUCCAUAUUUUAUUUGUGAGAUUGAUCUCUCUGAUUUAGUAUGUAUUUUUGAGAGAUUAAUGUACUAUGAUAAUCGGUAUCAUCAAUGAAGAGCAAAUUUCUCCUAUUACUGAAAAAUUUCAUUGUUGGAGGCUCUUCAAAGGCUCGAAUAAAUUGAUGGGAUAACAUUUCUGUUUGGUCUC